CUCUCUUUACGUUAGUGUUUAUCCCGACGUGUUCGUUGUAGGUGUUUCAACUUUACGUGAAAAAUUUCAGUGACAUUUCGAUAUUUUGUGUAACUGUGUGUGAUCAAUCUAGUUUUCUUGUAAAAAAGGAACUCGGCCUUCUCGGCUGAGGAUCUCUAUUUUGUGACGAUACCUAGGAAAGAUGCAAAACAAUAAUAACAACUCUGAAUUAUAUCGGCAUGCCGAUAUGCAAAACGGCCAGGGAUCUUCAUCAUCUGUUGACUCGGCACAGAAUCUUGACGGAUCUGCGAGUCUCCAGGAUGCAGCUGGAGCAACAGGAACUAAUCAUUUGACUGCGAUGGGAUUUCAUGCAUUUCCUGGAUCUUCGGGAAUGAACUCUUUUGCUAGUGCCUCCGGAUAUUCCCUGCCAGGAAACAGCGGUCAUCCAGGUGUACCUGGACAUUACGGUGCUCAUCACGCUAACCCUGGACCUUCGGGAUAUCAUGCCCACGCUGCUGGUUCGCAUAUGCACCAUCAUCAAGGCCAUACCGGACAUCCAAUGCAUCAUUGGUACCAAGGCUACCAUCAUGCUCAGAUGCAAAAUGCAGGAAACCCUUAUUGCAUGCAAGAUGAUCAGUUCAUGUGGCAGCAUCACCAUAGCAUGUUUCCUAAUGACUAUGUGGAUUUUCUGGGACAUAACAUAUUUCAGAUGUCCCAACAGGUGCCUCAUAUGCACCACCACGAACAGCAACUUGAUGGACUGCCGUCACCUACUGUGACUCUUUCUCCAAGCGAUAAUUCUAGUCCCGGCUUAGAAAAUGUGACUCCUACAUCCCCGUCGAAUAUUUCUGGUUGUUCAAGCCACUUUGCCCAUCACCAUCAAGGUGCUCAUGCAAUCACAUGUGGCGGCGCGCAUCCAAGAACUGGUGGCAGACCUGGUGCAUCCCGCAGCCCAUAUGACUGGAUAAAAAAAUCUUCGUAUCAAUCUCAACCAAAUCCAGGCAAAACAAGGACAAAGGACAAAUACCGAAUAGUGUACACAGACACCCAAAGAAUAGAACUUGAGAAGGAAUUUACCUUCAAUAAUAAAUAUAUUACGAUCCGUAGAAAAACUGAGUUGGCUGCGAGCUUGGGACUCUCGGAGCGUCAAAUCAAGAUUUGGUUCCAGAAUCGAAGGGCCAAGGAGCGGAAGCAGCUGAAGAAGAGACAUGAGGAGAAUGGUACUUAUAACAGACGCUCUGCCAGACAUUUCGUUGCCCAUCCGGCUCUUUUGGACUCUUUGGAUUUCACGAAUAGAUUGCCCUCCUCUAUUCAACAGCAGCAACAACAUCAGCAGCAGCAACAACAGCAGCAACAACAACAGCAGCAACAUCGGCAGCAAGAUCAGUCAAUGCCAGUCAACGUCACAGCUAGUGGCGGUCUGUUGACACCUCCCAGCGGUAGUCAUGAUGUCUUACAAUCAGGAUGUUCUUAUAGCAACGAACCUCCUCACAUGCCACCACAUAUUAAGGAUGACUCAGAUGAUACCCGAUGAUUUCUGAAUUUGCGGAGUACGGAGACGUUCGCCAGUGAAAACAACGUCGCGUGAACCAAAAACAUUACGUUUCUUCGUUAAGUUUAAGUUCAAUGGACGCUGUAAUAAAAACCAGUGCAAUCAUUUCAUGUGCAAUCUAAAUUAUUAUGUUUCCUGUUUCACAGUAUUAAGCAGUUUUCUCUCUACAAUAGUUUAAAACAAAUAAUAAAUCUGUGGAUUUUAUCUUUGUUGUCACGUAUUUUCAAGGAAGAAAUUUGGUUAUCUGUAUUAAUAAACUAAAUAAAAAUUACAAGCCUACUUUCAUACUUUCGAACAGCUCAUCUUAAGCCUUAUCAAUCGAGUGAUAUGUCGUUCUUCUCGGGCCGUGUUCAGACUCAUCCUACGGAGCAAAAAAAGUAGUUGAUACCUUAGUUUUUCUUCGAAUUGCAAUUAUUUUGAAAAAGGUAAUGCUUCUUUGAAAAAACGCUAACAGAAGAUAUCAUCUGAAGGAUAUAUUUAUAUGUACAUAAAAAUCUGUAUAAAAGAAUAUAUUUGUCAUAAUUUAUUUUUGCUAGUAUAGGUGGAAGGACAAAUAGAUGAUGAAUGAAAUAAUUCUGCAUUCUAUUCUCAAAUGUAGCAUAUACUCAAGCGUCAGUGAAAAGUUUAUGUAUCUACCAAAAUGAACCGGUACCACUGAAAACGACAAUCAAAAAAAAGUAUGAAUUUGUGUCGCAAAGUAACAUUGUUUAGUUAACAAUAUUUUCUAAUACCAAAUUCACAAUUUGACAAGCAUAUAAUACGAAUAUUUUCAGGGUCCGGCUUCUGAGCAACCAAUAUGAACGAACGAUGUAAUACAUUUUAGUAUUAAUUAACUGAAAAUUUUUUAUAAAUUCAUUUGUAUGACAUAAUUAUGUAAAUAUGAAAACUUCUAGUUGGAUUAAAGCUACUAUACCCUA